AUGGUUAACCAUCACAACCAUGAUGAACAGUACAGCGCAGAAAAGUCCGAAGAAAAAAAAAAUGAGGAAUCCUGUCAAAUAAAUGAAUCGACUGUAUGUCCUCCCAGCACUGGUAAUGGAACGCCAGGUCUUUUAGAAACCAUUCAUAAUGGCGACGAUUCGCAUUACCGGAGGGAAGAUUUUGUGGACGAGGAGCGCAAUUUGCUUGGGGAGCUACGAAGCCAGCAUGAUGAUGCCAUAACAAGUGAGCAUUCUAAGGAAGAAUCAGACAUAAGCGAAACGGGGCAUGCCCCAGACAGUGACAUCAAAAGUGAUACCAAAAGAGGCAAUAAAAGUGGCAAUAAAAGGGACACCGAAAAUGGUGACCACGGGGAGGUAGCCUGGAAUGAACUGAGCAGACAGGAAUCACGCGAGGAUGCGGUUGACCACGUCCAGGGAAGUGAAGACCACAACAGUAGCAAGCAGUUAAAUAACGCGCAUACAAUAAAAAUGGACGAAGCGAAAGGGGUUCACGAUAAAUUCCAAAUUGAGGGCUCUUAUGUACCGCCAAGCGACGCGGCAGAUGCUCUACAAAUCGAGGAGGAUGAGUUGCAGGAAGAAACUGAUGAUGGAUCUUUAAGCGGCACAAUAUAUGGAUCAAUAGUUGGCUCCUUAAAUAGUUACCAAAUAGGCUCCCACAACGUGGCCCAAAGUAGCCUUGUAAAAAAUUCCUCAGAUGAAGACCAAGACGAAACCGUGGAAGCGGUCGUAGCAAAAGAAGAUAUGAUCAACAUUACCAGACUUUAUCACACGGGCAUAAACAAAAUAGAAGCAGUCAUCGCCCUUUACAGGUACUACAAAAACAAUUUCAAUCAACGGUUCAGGGAGCAAAUGAACAAAUACAACCCACUUAUUUACUUCUGUAGUAACAAUAACUUUGAAAAUCACAUCAGUGUGGAUUAUAUUAAUUAUAAAGACAAAAUGAAUGAAAUAAGAACUGAAAGAUUGUCGAGGCUUGUACUUUAUAUAGAGGACAUACACAAAAUAAAACAAGCUCUAAAGGUUAAACAGCAUAAUGAAAUUCAAUUGGAGGAUGACGAAAAGAAAGAAUAUUUUUACGAUGCCUAUGAAGACAUAGAAGACUUCUUCAUUUUUGAUAACACCGUCUCGUAUCUUAAUAAUGACGUGGAAAGCAUUUUUUCCGAAGGUGAAAAUUCUUCAUUUUUUAAAGAUGAUGCAAGCAUAGAUAAUUUCUUAGAAGAGCAGAAAAAUAAAAUCAAUGACGAAUUUAAUAUGCUAAAUUUAUUUAAUCGUUUUUCUUUAAAAAAUUAUUAUAUGUUCGAUAUUAAUAAAAAUUUGUGUGCAAUAUAUGCGCGCACCCCUAUGAUAAUUAAAAAGUUUGCGGAAAAAAUCAACUCCUAUAGCAGCCCAGAAAAAACGGACGCCAACUUGGAUGACACAAAGCAAGACGAAGUAAACUUUCCAAGUGAACAUAAUAAUAAGGAAAAUUAUAAUUACUAUCCUGCUGCUGUUUCUCGUGAAAAUAAUCAAAAUUUGGAUGCCUACAUUCAGUUUCAUUGCGAUAAAUGGCAAGAAAAUGUGUACGACAUAGUUGAAGUAAAUAGCCUCGAAUUUGAUUUUAAUCGUUUAAGGUGCAACAUAAUGUAA